UGAGCACGGAAAGUAUUCUCUGUUUGCUAACAUGUGAAUGACUAUCAUAAUUAUAUCCUCUUUCUAAAAUUUAAUUUUCUUUCAUUUCAUCUUCACACCUGCCCCUGUACCUUAACACCUAAGUUUAACACCCCUUUAUUUAAUAACUCAUCUACCUGUACCUCUUAUUCAUUUUUUUCCCACUCAAAUCACACCAUCACAAUGAGUUAUCAACAUGUUCAUGAAGGUUCUUACCCUGACUACCCUCCACCAGGGUAUGGACCACCACCGCCACCGCAACCACAAGGAUACCCAGGGCAGGGGAUGCCACCGCCACCGGGGUUUUAUAACGGAGGGUAUCCUCCUCCACCACCACCUCCUGGACCUCAGGGUUAUCAGGGGUAUUUUAAUGAUCAAUAUCCUCCACCACCACCACCUCAGCAUAUGUACCAUGAUGGUGGUGGCUAUUAUCGUAAUGACGAUGGAUGUUCUUCAUUUCUAAGGGGAUGUUUGGCUACUCUUUGUUGUUGCUGUCUUUUGGAGGAGUGCUGCCUCUAGUCCUCUGGACGCCAUCUUGUUGGUUCGUCAAAUUGCUACGACUUGUGGGCAUAAUCUUGAAGAUAUCAUCAGACUCCUCUCUGCGAGAAUUACGUAUGUGUGAAGAACUUAAACUGUCAAAACAUUUGUCUUGUUAGCUAUUUUGUGUUGUGGUAAUUGAAUUAUGAAGGAUGCGUUUGUGCUAGAAAUAUUAUUUACACAACUUCUGGAUUUCGUAAGAUGUAAUAUUUCUGUUACUAUCAUGUUUGUUUGUGAAUGGUAAUGUAGCUUGUAUUUAGAGCUAAUA